AUGCGCCGUAGUGUGAUUCGAACCCGCAAGGAGUUUCUCGAGCACCGCCAGCAUGAGCGGGUCCACGAGGCCAUUGCGAUUCGCAAGGCCCAAUUCAAUGAUGCGAUGCAAACGGCAACGCAGCUGCCCGGGCACCUGCGGAAGGACGCCCUGGCGCUGAAGAAGUUUACCGAACUCGACGAUGCGGUCACGCGCGAAGGCAAAUCAAGCCUGGACGAUGAGUACGCACUCGCGGGGAAGUCGGACCCUCGGGUCCUCGUGAGUACCUCGCGCGGUGCUUCACAGAAACUGCUGGAGUUUACAAAGGAAGUCCGUUUGCUUAUCCCGAACGCGGUUCGGCUGAAUCGCGGGAGUUUGAGCAUUCGCCAGGUGAUGGAAGCCGCGCGGCGGGAUAACUUCACCGACGUGGUUCUCCUGCAGGAGUCCCACGGGGUCCCGGACGGGCUGACGGUCUCCCACCUUCCCCUUGGCCCCACCGUCCGCUUUACCCUCCACCAGUUAGUCAGCCGACAUGAGAUUGAGGGUGUGGGGACGAUGUCCGAGCAGCCCCCGCAUUUGAUUUGUGAGAACUUCACGACCACGCUCGGGCGGCGGAUCACGGACGUCCUGCGGUAUCUUUUUCCGGUCCCAAAGCCUGAGGCCACCCGUGUGAUCACGCUGGAUAACCAAAACGACGUGAUUAGCUUUCGUCAUCAUACGUUUCGUGUGGAUGGGAAGAAUCCGCGUGCGGUGGAGCUCACGGAGGUGGGGCCGCGGUUUGAGCUGACGCCGUAUCGCGUAAUCUUGGGGACACUCGAGAUGGACGAUGCGGAGACGGAAUGGGUUCUUCAGCCUUACAUGAAUACGGCAAAGAAACGACGUUUGCUCUAA